UGAAGAAGCCAAUACAACUGCAAUGUCCUCUGGCUCCUUCUCAGCCAAACCACCUUCUCUGUGGCAUCUUUCGCCUGGGCCUGCAUUUCUUCAGUGCCUGUCGUUCUGAGCUCAAUAUCUCAUACACUGUCUAGAAACUUGCCUAUUUCCAGAGAUUCAGCUGAAGGCUUUGCAGGCAGAGGCUGCUUCUUCAUACAUUAAAUAUUUUUGACUGACUAGAUCUGGUAGUAGCGGCCCUUUGGGUCUUUGGUGCAUUUGUUUCUGAAUGAAGGGAGCUGGCUUUUCAGGUUUACAAUGGUGAAGUAGUCUUCCUGUAUGUUUGAGCAGAGACAAGGAAUAGAUAAUCCCAGUUUAUCUGGCAGUGACCUACAUUGAGAAGAUGCUGUGAAUAGUGAGAGGUCCUCUAUUUGAAAAUAGUUCUUAUGCAAUUGACAAAACUGGGAACCCAGGACAUUUGUGUGUGAGAAACAGAUAAUCUUAAUGAAGAUCUCAGCUGUGUGAUUUAUCCAUCAUAUCAUCUUCGAUAGCCUUUGUGCAACACAAGUGUCUGGAGCUUCCCCUGAGGUUUCUGUCUUCUACAUUGCACAUCAGUGGGAUCACUCUGCUGGAACAAGAUAAUGAAUGACAGAACUGGAUUCUAAGUGAUCGUUUUUGCAGCUGGCUUUUUUUUUUAAAGAGUAUUUCUUCAUGGUUAUGAUGAUUUGACAUAAUUAACAUUUAAUUAAUCAUGAUGGCAACACAGACAUUAAGUAUAGACAACUAUCAAGAUGGGCAACAGAUGCAAGUAGUAACAGAGUUAAAAACUGAACAAGAUCCCAACUGCUCUGAAACUGAUGCAGAAGGGGUGAGUCCUGCCCCUGUAGAAUCUCAGACUCCAAUGGAUGCAGACAAGCAGGCUAUUUACAGACACCCACUAUUUCCCUUGUUAGCACUAUUAUUUGAAAAAUGUGAACAAUCUACACAAGGCUCAGAAGGCACAACGUCUGCUAGUUUUGAUGUAGAUAUAGAAAACUUUGUAAGGAAGCAGGAGAAAGAAGGAAAACCCUUUUUCUGUGAAGAUCCAGAAACUGAUAAUUUGAUGGUCAAAGCAAUCCAAGUUCUACGUAUCCAUCUGCUUGAGUUAGAAAAGGUUAAUGAGCUCUGCAAAGAUUUCUGUAGUCGUUACAUUGCCUGCUUGAAGACGAAAAUGAACAGUGAAACUCUAUUAAGUGGUGAGCCUGGAAGUCCUUAUUCACCUGUGCAAUCUCAGCAAAUUCCAAGUGCCAUUGCAGGCACACUCAGUCCCCAAGGGAUUAUGGUGCCAGCAUCAGCAUUGCAGCAGGGAAAUGUAACUAUGGCAACAGUAGCAGGGGGGACGGUGUAUCAGCCAGUCACUGUGGUCACUCCACAAGGUCAAGUGGUGACCCAAGCACUGUCACCUGGAACUAUUCGGAUCCAGAACUCUCAGCUUCAGUUGCAAUUAAACCAAGAUCUAGGCAUCUUGCAUCAAGAUGAUGGCUCAUCAAAAAAUAAAAGAGGAGUUCUUCCCAAGCACGCUACAAAUGUGAUGAGAUCUUGGCUUUUUCAGCACAUAGGGCAUCCGUAUCCAACAGAAGAUGAGAAGAAACAGAUUGCAGCACAAACAAAUCUGACACUACUCCAGGUUAACAAUUGGUUUAUCAAUGCUAGAAGGCGAAUUCUUCAGCCAAUGCUGGAUUCCAGUUGUUCUGAAACUCCGAAAACGAAGAAGAAAACAGCUCAGAACCGACCGGUUCAGAGGUUCUGGCCUGACUCCAUUGCCUCAGGAGUUGCUCAGCAGCAAUCUAAUGAGCUCACAAUGUCAGAUGGUGCUGUUGUAACAAUUACAGCUCCAGUCAACAUGAAUGUAGACAGUCUCCAGUCUUUGUCAUCUGAUGGUGCUACUCUGGCUGUUCAGCAAGUUAUGAUGGCAGGGCAAAGUGAGGAUGAGUCCGUAGACAGCGGUGAAGAUGAUGGAGGAGAUCUCUCAACAACAAAUAUCAGUGGGCUGGUCUUGGAUAACAGUGAUUCUCUGCAGUAGGAAGCAAGAGAGUGUGACAAAAUAUUUAGGAAAAAGAAUGGACUGACUGACUGUUUUUAUAGUUUGCACAGCAAACAUUUUACACAAGUUUUAUUUCUAAUAUGUUUUAUAUGUAGAUAUAGAAGGGUGCACUUUUUUGUAUUUCAUAGUAAGCUUAAAGAGUGUUUUUGCAGGUGCAGCAACUUCUUUCAAAUGUGUUUUUAAAUUUCAUUUUCUUAUUUCAGAAUAUUAUAUCUAGUAAUAUAAAGAACCACGUAAGCACCCCUUUAUUCUAUGAAUUGGAAGUGCUGCAAUUUCUAACGACGUAUGCAGUUUCAAUUAGCGCUGUUAUUUAACACGGCUCUUGAUGGGCAGGUGAUGUAAAUUUAAAGCAUGUGACACUAGCGUGUGGAACUUGAUCAUUAAGUUAGAUGCAUAUAUUUGAAAGAUGCUUCUGCACCUUAAAAACUGCUAGUCUGAGGUGGACAGCAACACACACAAAAAGAAAACAUUGAUGUGUGAUUCAGUAGCGAAUGUAUGGCAAUUGAAAUAAGUUUAGUUUCUCUCAUAGUCCGUGAGCCUGUUUAUGAUUUGCUAUAAAAACUCCUAUUUUUACCUUGCCGGGGUUAUUGGAUAAAAAAAUAUUUUUAUAAAUUCACUAGGAAUUGGGAUGACGACUGUAUUAAGCAGGAGGGGGAAAAAAAAAUUUCCAGAGGGGAAAAACAAAUGUUUAGUAUUUCUAUUUGGAAGGUCUGAAAACUGACCAAAUUUAAUAACAAGCCUAUGCUAGCAUUCUGUGAUACUCAGCUAUCCCACAGUGAUAUACUAUAUUUGAUAAUAGCAUAAGAAGGGCCCACCGUUUGAUGGGAUUUUGAUAUUGUCAAACAUUGAUUUAUAUUAUGUGUAAACUAAUAUUCCAAUUGCAUUAACUCUGUAUCUAGACUUGUAUCUGAAGAUAUUUGCUAAACGAUUAUUCAGGUAAGUAAAUUGAAAACACCUACAACUUUUCCAGUUAUUAGAGAAAUUUAACAGUUUAUAGUUUGUACAACCAAAUCUGAAAAAUUGCCUACUAUACAGUCAUGAAUUCUGUUAUCACUACUAUUUUAUUGCAUUUGAAGUAUUUUCCCCCAAUACAAAAAGAAAUGUAACUUAUGGAUUUAUAUAAAAUUUCUUCAAAUUUGAAGGUCGCUAUUACUAGAAUAUACAGCAGGCAUUAUUAGAGUAGAAAAUCCUUGUGUGUCAUUUAAAAAACUUAAGAGCUUGUGAUGAAAACAAUUUUUUUUUUUUUGUGGUUACAGUUUGGUUUUUUUUUUUCCCCCCGAAGUUUGGAGUGUGUCUGUCUAUCCAUGAACACUUAUUUUUGGAACUUUGUGGUUCCUGUUGUGAAGUACAAAUAACAGACUCCAGGAGUCUCAACAUCCUCUUUCCCCCCGUCCAUUUGUCACGAUGUUGGGUGAGAUCAAAGCCAGAACUUCCUUCUGAUUUACACCAAAUCUAGUUGCAUUUCUAACAUGACAGGGAAAGACAUUAGCGUUCAGAAUCUUUGGACACUGUGUUUGAAGAAAGCCCUUUGACAUAUGCAAGUAUUUAAUCAAAUGCUUCAUUUCUGCUUCAAAAAACACUCAAGCAUGUGCUUAGAUCUUGUUGAUUUCAGUAGGAUUGACACGUACUUUUUGACAUGCUUAAAUGGUUGGAUUGGUCUUCAAAGAUUGUCUUCCAAGUGUAAGUUGGCAUGAAGAAAAACUUCAGAAAGAGUUGUCAGUAGCAUUGGCAAACAUACAUGGAGAAUAGUACUAGUUUUCAUUUCAGUGACUAGUAGCUAUUUGGAAAAAAAUUGACAUUGGGUUUUACUCACCACCAGUGAUGUUUCUGCUACGGCUUUCACUUAUUCCUAGCUGAAGAUCUUGUUUCUUAGUUCAAAUGCAGUAAUGAUCUGCUCCUACUGGAGUGGUAAUUUCUAAAUAAUUUGUUUUCUUCUAAUUUCUCUGCUUUGCCACUACUGUGCCACGUUUGUAAAUGAAUAAUGAAAGAUUUAUUUAGGAAGGUUUUGAUGUGGCAUGACUAUCUCAGUGGCUAUUGUCAAACACAGUUUGACCCCAAAGCAUUUAAAAAGGCAGCUCUCGUGUACAAAUCGUGCUGCUUUGGAAACAUUCAACCUACUGCUCCUACAAAGGAUACUGAGAUGACUAGAACAGAGGCAUAGAUUUUGAGUGUUUUUUUGUUUUUUGGUUUUUUUUUUUUUUAGUUGUUUUUUAUUUAACUCCAUGAGGGCUUCAUUGCCCCAACAGUUUCCAGUAUGUGGUAGGGUUGUGUUUGUUGGUUUCUUUUUAAUCCUUGUUCCUCUGCCACAUAGGCAGGGGAGUGUCGGUCUCUGGUCUCUUCACACGUAACAAGUGAAUAGGAGGAGAGGAAACAGCCUCGAGUUGCACCAGGUUAGAUUAGAUAUUAGGAAAGAGCUGUGAAGCCUUGGAACAGGCUGCCCAGGGAAAUGGUUGAGUCACCAUCACUGGAAGUAUUUAAAAGAUGUGUGGAUGUGCUUGAGGGACAUGGUUUAGUGGUGGAUGUCGUAGUGCUAGGCUAACGAUUGGAGUCUUUUCCAACCUAAACAACUCUGUGAUUCUAUGAAUAGUCUGCUACUCUGUGUAAAGGUCUAUGGACAAAUACCUGCUUCUCCACAUGAAGCUGUGCUGGAGGAACAAGCCUUUCCCUCCCUGACAAGUUUGAUGCUGUCUCAGGUCAAAGUUGAUGCUGUCAUGAAGCAAAACUUCUGUGGUCUGGAGAUAACGUGGCAAUGGGCAAUUGGUCAACUGAGCUUGUAACAAGAGAGAGGGAAUGAAAGCGAUUUAGUAUCUAUACAGCUGGCUGGGAGAGAGUUCAGGAAUAUGCAGUCUACGUGCAGCUUGUAACUCAGUUGGAAACAACCAGGCAUCGGUGGUGUAUUUUUCACAAAGAAACCUGGUUAGCUUUUUUUAUUCCCCCACCUUACAAGCAUCAGAACUUCUAUUCUGAAAUGUCUGUGACCUUGUCUUUAGCUGGUUUUUCAAUACCUGGAAAGUCCAGUUGACAGAAUUUACUGUGAAAGGGGAAAUAUGGAGUAGUUUUACUGUCAAAUUAGGAACAACAAAAGCAGAGAUAUGAAUUCCUAAAACUGAAAAGGCUUUACCACUGUAAUCAAAGAUAUUGCUUAGCAACAGAACUCAAACCUUGUCUUCAACUUCAGUGAGCAUUCUGUAGUGGGUAUGAACUGCACAGUAGUGCAUAUUUUUCUCAUGAUUUAAAAAAAAUAAAAUGUACGUUUUGUUCUGCAUAAGAGAGAUUGCUGAUUUAAGCAUAGCAUCACUCUUUGGAAAGGUACAUGUUUACAUUAGUUAAAAAGUCUUUACAGGAGACUUAAACUAUUUAUAGUUCCCAUCCCCUUGCCCCCAAUUAAAGUUAUAUUCAUAUGCAAUAGAACUAUUUUUUUUAAAUCAGUGUAAUUCCCCUGCAAUAAUGAUUGCUGAAGCAUUAUUUUUUUUUUUCCAAUGUAAUGUGGAUCAUUAACCCAAAACAGGGUUGUGAGUCCUAUUCCUCCAAGAUUUCUGUUACAGGCAAGGCAAUUUCCUGCUGUUCUUUAGAAAUACUGUUUUUUAGUACAUCAAUUUCAAAUAAAUGAUGGCAUAUUUUUAA